AACAUUCUACAUGCCUUCAGGCGGUUUGUGGCCAACUUGAUACAGAAUAACAAAACCGCUCAUUCGUUAGAAGUCGAGUUAAUAUAAUGUUGUUUUUGUCAGUAAGUUUUAGUUGUUUGUUGAUUGUUGCUUCAAUGCAAGACAGACAUUUAUCUGAACAACAUCAAACAGCUGAGUUGUUACGCAACACAACAAGGCAUUGUUACGUCAGAAAUACAAAUAUCCCAGACUGUGGCGUCAUAAGAACGCCUACGCUGGAUGGAAAAUGUAAUAAUAAAUUACAACCGCUAGCAGGCGCUGCAUACGCACCUUUAAAACGACUUCUCCCGCCACAAUUUGCUGAUUAUGACGUCAUGACACCAAGGUUGGCUACCGAUGGCGGGGAACUACCUAAUCCGAGAAGGAUUUCAAACAUUUUAAACGAAAAUUUAACAAAAACCCGUUCCAGCCGAUUGAACGCAAUGUUCGUUACGUUUGGACAAUUCUUGGCGCAUGACUUGGUUCUUACACCUAUGAUAACUGAGGUGGACGGGGAAAAGGUAAAUUGCUCGUGUUCCAACCCGCAUCCCACGUGUAACAACAUACAAAUCCCCACGGGAGAUCCCCACUACGUCACACAGAGGUGUAUUCCCUUAAAAGGGUCCCAGGUAAUUUGCGGGCAUUCCCCUAACGAGAACUUGAACCAAAUAUCCAGUUACAUUGACGGCGACCCAUUGUACGGAUCCGAUGGCGAGGUUCUGCGACAACUACGCGAUCAAGAUAGCGGUGACCUGCGCAUGAACUAUCAACAUCAUAAUGGUUGCCCGAUGCUCAGCCAAUCAGGUUCAUUGCUGACAACACGUGACGUUCCGCAUGACUUCGCAUCCAAAAUUAACUGUCCGGCCCAUCUUGCCCCACCGGGUUCGACUUGCUUCGUGUCGGGUGAACCGCGUCUGAACGAAAACAUCGCGUUGACGUCACUUCACUUAUUGUUCACAAGGGAACACAAUCGAAUAUCGCGUCGGCUCGGAGCGUUGAACGUUAAUUGGAACGGCGAUCAAAUAUUCCGUGAAACGAAGCGGAUAAUUGUUGCCGUGUUGCAAAGGAUAACAUACGGUGAGUUUGUUCCUGCAUUACUUGGUCCCGAUUUCACCAAACGAUUUGGAUUGAAUCUACUGAACAACGGAAACUACUUUGGUUACGAUCCAACUUAUGACGCAACAAUAUCGAAUGAAUUCGCGACUGCAGCCUUUAGGUUCGGGCACACGCAAGUUGGGGCGGCCUAUCAAAGGCUGGCGCCAAAUUACACACGGGAAUUCCCCAGCAUCGAAACAUUUAAAUCGCUCUUCCAACAAGACGCUCUCGUUAACGGGACUCUCCCUUCAAUACUACGUGGUCUAAUGACGGAUUCGGCGCUCGAGGUUUCGCCAAGCAUGGUGGACGAUUUACGGAACCGAAUGUUCGAAUCCAAAACACAAGUUGGAAAAGAUUUAUUGGCGAUUAAUAUUUUCCGUGGUCGUUUAAAUGGGUUAUCGUCAUACAAUGAAUACCGCGAGCUGUGUGGGCUAGGCCGUGUAGAUGAUUGGGCGUCGUUGACAUAUACAAUACCACAACCAAUUAUAAACAAACUCCGGGCAGUAUACAGUCACGUGGAUGAUAUCGACUUACUGAUUGGUGGGUUGAGUGAAUCGUCACUUCCGGGUGGAGCUGUUGGUCCAACACUAGGUUGCAUUAUCGGUCAUCAGAUGCGUGACGUCAGAAAGGGCGACCGCUACUGGUUCGAAAACCCAGGAGUUUUUACACCCGAACAAUUGGAAGAAAUUCGUAAAGUGACGUUAUCGUCAUUGCUGUGUGACGUCAUAGAGGGCAUGGAAACAAUAGCGCCACACGCGAUGAAUCUUGAUCAUGAUUCGAAUUCUAAAAUACCAUGUGACGUCAUCCAGUCUAUCAACUUGGAUGGCUGGAAGAUUAAUUCAAACAAACAACAAGACGGUGAUUGGACGAGAUGGUUCCCCAGUGACGUCACAGAACCUCAAAUUAUUUUACAAAAACUUGUGACGACUUCACCCGACUGUGUUUGUUCGAACGCUAUAGACGUGCAGCGUGAGCGAUUGCCAUUAUCGCGACCUACAGCGUUCAAAGUUCGAUUCUUAUGCCCCAAAGGCUCAAUCGCGUUCGCUGAUUUUCCCAACAUCAAGACAGGUAUAGAUUAUUAUUGGACGAAUUGGUUUGACCGCGAUACGCCGUCGGCGAAUUAUAAUGACGACGUAGAAACCUUGGAAUAUUUAAGAUCUGAACGACCCAAUGAAAUAUGCCCGACGCCAAUAUAUAUACAAGCACAGACGAAACAACAGGAAUCAGCGUUACAUCAACGCAAUCGUGGGAUCCUCUAG